UGGAAGUUUCAAUCUCUGGUUCGUGGAAAUUCGCUCGAGCCAGGAGCUAUCAACGCGCGCGAUCCAAUCAGACGGCAGCUGCUACUUUCGGCUUUGAUGCAGUUGCAACCCUGCUUUUUAAUAAGGUUUGAAGCAUCACCGCAAGAGUGCGCCAACAGCAACUCAAUAAAAUCCAAAGAGCGCCGGACGGGCGGUGUUCCGCGAAGCGUGAUGAGUUUGACAGCUCCCGCGUACUGAGCGUUGUUUAAAAGUAAAAAAUCGAUCAAGAAAUGCGGCCAAGAAAAUAUCCUUAACACGUUUCCGUAUGCAUCCACGCGAGACCGUCUAAUAUGGGAGAAUGGUUGGUCAUAGAAUUAUCACGCUGAUACUCUUUCUGGCAGCAUGGCACAAAGCAGCUACUUUAGUGCCAAUAAGAUCUGUGGCUGUAGACAUAGGUCAGAACCUGACCUUAGCAUGUGCAGACGAAGAUGCAUUGCCACAGUUAGGAGAAUCUGUUGGAGUGAUGUGGAUAAGGGAGGGACGCGAAGAUGGACAAAUUGAAAGACUAAAGGUUGAGCCUAAUGGAGCUUUGGAACUUAUUAGUGUUAGUGCAGAUGAUGGUGGAAACUAUUCAUGCACCUUAGAUGAUGAUCAUGAUGCUGUCAAAACUAGAAUCAAUGUACAAGUUAGAACUCCUCCUCCAGCUUUACAUAAUGUAUGGGUAAAACCAUCUACAAUAUUGGCAAACAUUCUUUGGGAAGUAGUUGGCACAGGUGGUUAUCCUAUCAUAGAUUUCACUGCCGAAUAUCGUCUUAAACCAAAUGUGGGUGAAGAACCAGAAGACUGGAAGCCUAUUGUUCCAGCACACAUUCCUCCAAAUUCUAGGCAAAUUGAUGUGUAUCACUUGGUGCCAAACACUACAUAUUCUUUUCGAGUGUGGGCAACAAAUCAGCUGGGAAGAGGAGAUAUUGUUGAGGUUGAAGGUCAUACUCAUCACAGUGUUGAGGAAUUAGAACUUGCAAGACAUCUCUUAGCAGGUGUAGAAAAUUUUGACACUCGCGUCUGGGUGGCAGCAGUAGGCAUAGUUAUGGGUACACUUAUGAUUCUUGGUAUAGGUACUUGUUACCUUCUCUAUCGUGAGUGCAAAGUACCCUCGCAGCUGGAGGCGCAGGAAGUGAUUGAACUUGUACCCAAUAUCAUUCUGAAUCCAGGAUUUUUCGACGAAAGAACAGAACACAUACCGCAAGAUGAAAAUUUCAACAACCAAACCACUACACGCUUAAACAAUAACAGCGUUGUGCAACCUAUGCGACUUUAGCGAUUAAAUAUUUAAAUUUCCUUGGCUAAUUUUUAUUAACAAGUGGCUUGAGCACAGUUUAUGUGUCACCUUAAACGUAAGUAACUGGAAUUACAA